UACAGCCCGAUCUCCCCGCCAUCUUUCUUUCCCCUUAAACAGCAGCAGCCAUGAGCAUGCUCAGGCUCCAGAAGCGGUUGGCGUCCAGCGUGUUGCGCUGCGGCAAGAAGAAGGUGUGGCUGGACCCCAACGAGACCAAUGAGAUCGCCAACGCCAACUCCCGCCAGCAGAUCCGCAAACUGGUGAAAGAUGGCCUGAUCAUCAGGAAGCCCGUAACGGUGCAUUCCCGCGCCCGCUGCCGCAAAAACACACUGGCACGGCGCAAGGGUCGCCACAUGGGCAUCGGUAAGAGGAAGGGUACUGCCAACGCCCGCAUGCCUGAGAAGGUCUCCUGGAUGCGACGCAUGCGGAUCCUGAGACGACUGCUGCGCCGCUACAGGGAGUCCAAGAAAAUUGACAGGCACAUGUACCACAGCCUCUACCUGAAGGUGAAGGGCAAUGUGUUCAAGAACAAGCGUAUCCUGAUGGAACACAUCCACAAGCUGAAGGCUGAUAAGGCUCGCAAGAAACUCCUGGCCGACCAGGCUGAAGCUCGCCGUUCCAAGACCAAGGAGGCGCGCAAACGCCGAGAGGAACGCCUCCAGGCCAAGAAGGAGGAGAUUAUCAAAACCCUGUCCAAGGAAGAGGAAACCAAGAAAUGAGCGUUAUAGCCUCUCUUCUAAUAAAGUGUACAGAAAGACAAA